AUUGAGGUGGCUGUCUACGGAAGACUCAACAUGGAGAUUAUGGAAGAUGGAAAUUUGGUGGAUCGGGUGAGGAUUCUCUUACAACGAGAUAUGCAGUAUUAUCAGGACGUCCAGACGGUUCUGCGUGAACCCCUGUGCGUCAGAAAGUGCGGCGGCCGGUUUGAUUUUCCGCGCCUCGCCUCGUUCGCCGCAAUAAAAAUCAUGACCUGGUGGGAGGUUGAGUUCACGGAAGCGUUCAAGCGACCGUCAGGGUUGAGCUGCGCAGGCUCCGACAGCAGUCCAAACGCCACCUCGGACGAGGACGCCGAAGCCGGGGCGGUCGUCAAGAAGAUCCAGCCGAGCGAGUUCAUUUUGCUCGUCGUCGAAACGUCCGAGCAACUCUUGAAGCAUCUCCACACGUUGUUGCAAGAGUCCUUGGAUCACGCCGAUCUAACGGUGCUCACGGCCACUCUCGGGGCCGCGGCUCUUAUCCGCAAUUGUCUCUGGUGCUACAAGCGUCAGGCCAAAGGUGAAAUUCCCGAAGACACGAGCGAAAAACUAUCGAAAUGCUACAAAACGUACAAAGAGAUGGCCGAGGCCGUGGCCGAUAGGCUAUUGGAUCUGCACAACCGGCUCAUAGCGCUUUACAUCCUCAACGAGGCGGACUCGCUGAGCUGGGAGAGCGACGAACCCUUUUCCGAAAAGGACCGAUGCUCCUACGUCAUUCAAAUGUGGUGGCUGUACAUGCAAGGGACGAAAACGGACCUGUGGAACACGGUGUCCCCCAAAAUGGCCCAGCGUGUCUUGGCCGGUAUGCUCAACGAUUCCCUCACCAUCAUUGCUUGCCGCUUCAUUCACGGUCGCCCAAGUCUUACGCGCUCGAAGCAAUUUUGGGGCGACGCGUUCAACAUGAUGUGCUGCACGGCCCGACUGGCCUUGAGCGUCUGCGUAUCAGGCGACGAGAUGAUUGGACUCAACGAAACCGACCUCCCGAUCCACGUUCGAGACCUACACGCCAAGUGCUACCAUAUACUCGUUUGCUUCCUGCUCAGAGGCGCGCCCCUCAAAACGCUCUUCCAGGUGUUUCGCAAGGGUCUGGACGAUCUGACGAUCUCCAAACCAAAGUGGGGCCCCGCGCCGUGGCUCUACGUCUUCUCGCCGGAACUGCUCGGAGUCUCCCACGACAAGUCCACCGGGUUCAAGCUCCUAACAAAACGCCAGGCAGCCAUUCUCGAGCUCAACGUCUUCAAGUCGCAGCCCCAGCCCAUCUGGGCGCAACUGAUGAAGAUCCUGCGCAUGGACGACUUCCUGAUAUCCAGAAUGUUACUGCGCGUCCUGGUGCGCCAGUGCAUCGGUCGGACCAAAGACGGCCAAAAGACCAACGAAGACGACGACACGUGCGGGGGCUUUUUGUGCCCCGGGAAUUCGUGCAAGCGCGUGCUGGACAUCAGCCCCGAGUUGGCCUUGCACGCGCUGAGCUACAUUCUUACGGGCACCGGUUGGGAUCCGCUUCGUCACCUCGUGAUCGUUUUGAAGAAGGAGGACACCGCUUGGUCGACUUACUUGGACAGGCAUCAGGUCUGGAAUCAAUGUAGACCACCGUGGCUCAAUGCAAUGCUGGAAUUCAUACGGCCAGCCAUGAAACCCAUCGUCCAAAUACUCAUGGACGCGGCAAAGGCAGGGGCGAGCACUUGUCAGGCAAUGUCGAUGGCGUUGGAGUACUUGGAUCAUCUUCACGAUUGUAUACCUCACGGUGUGCUGCGCAUCGCCUUGGCAAUGGACGACAACGUGCCAGCCCACUGUCGGCCGAUCGGCGGCUCUGUCGCCCUCCAGCUGCUGUGCUCGGCGUUGUACACGGCUCUCCUCGAAGAGGGGAAAAACAGCCCCGAGUCGGGUGACUGUUCAAGUCCGACCCAAGAGUCGGAGGUUCAUGAGCCCACAAGUGCAUCAUCCAGCGUAAAGUACAGCAGGUCCGCCUCGGCGAUAGCCUUCGCGGAGGCGAUCUGCAGCAUAGACGAGGGCGAUAAACACACUGCCGAGAUAAACAACCUUCUUAAAUCGAUUCGCGCUUUCGUCGAGGAUCAAUUAAAGAUCGAGAGCUACUAUCAAGUUAACGACGAGAUGUGCAUCAUUGAGAUCUGCACGGAUGAGAUAGCCUUUGAGGAGGUUGGGAGGAAGUCCCUAAAGAUCGUGCACGAGUACUUGAUGCGCAUUUCCGACACCCUCCUUGAGAUCUUACUGAGCGACGGUAGCUCGGAAGUGCCAAACUCGCGCUUCCUCGCCGCUCAGCUGCCCAUACCGUCACGCCCACUGACCCACACGAUGUUCCACAUUGAUAACGCGCCUUUCCACCGGCUGCUCAUGAAUUACGAGGGCACCAUCGACUGGGAGCUCAUGUUCGAGGUGCCGCUCGCAGUGACGGUGGAGCGGAUCAAGUCGCAGGUACUCGCGAGGCCGGACAUCAACAACAUCCUUCAGCUCGAACAGGAGGAGCGCGAGGCUGCCAACUUGAUCAAGAAGAUCUGCACCGCUGGUGAGAUCCUUAAGCGCGACUGAAUCGUUCAUCGAUUGCUGCAUUUUGUAGGAUAAUUUUAGAAAAAAGUGCCUUAUCAUAAUGCUUUAAACAAGGAAUAACCAUUAAUUUCCUUCUUAGAUGUAGUUGUCUUUCGAGGAUAAAAAAAAGGCAUGCUUUUGCUUGCCGUAUCUUU